AUAUUCUCCAAGCCUCCACUCCAAUAAAACACUCCUCUAGUCCUCUCUUUUGUGAUUAGGGUUUUGCGUCUCGGUCAGCUAGCUCUCUAGUGCUCCACUACUUACAUUUCCCCGCACUCUCUGCAAUGGCCGUCUCCUUCUCAGAUCUACACACCGAAGGUGGUCUUAAGUCUCUCGAAAACUACCUCUCAGGGAAACCUUACAUUUCCGGAGAUCAACUUACGAGAGAUGAUAUCAAGGUUUAUGCGGUUGUUCCAGAGAAACCCAGCAAUGCGUUUCCUAAUGCCAGUCGGUGGUACGAUUGUGUUUCGUCGCAUCUCGCUGCAAGGUUUCCUGGAAAAGCUGUUGGAGUGAAGAUAGCUGGUCAAUCUGAUCCAGCUGAGUCUGCCCCAGAAAAGGAGGCAAAGAAGGAAACUCCUGAGGGAGAUGAUGAUGAUCUGGAUCUCUUUGGUGAUGAAACUGAGGAGGAUAAGAAGGCAGCAGAAGAGAGGGAGGCAGCUGCUAAGGCUUCUGCCAAGAAGAAAGAGAGUGGGAAAUCCUCUGUUCUUCUUGAUGUUAAACCUUGGGAUGACGAGACUGACAUGAAGAAACUUGAAGAGGCUGUUCGCAGCAUUGAGAUGCCGGGUCUUUUAUGGGGAGCUUCCAAAUUGGCGCCCGUUGGUUAUGGGAUUAAGAAGCUGCAGAUCAUGUUGACCAUCGUUGAUGACCUGGUCUCUGUGGAUAACCUAAUUGAGGAUCAUCUCACAGCCGAGCCUGCCAAUGAACAUAUUCAAAGUUGUGACAUUGUCGCCUUCAACAAAAUCUGAGACCAAACCCGUUACUGUAUUUUACUUAUAGCUUAGCCUUUUCCCCCCCUUUUGAGCAUGUAAGUUUUCUUAGUCCUUAUUUUUAGAUCUUCUCCACCUUUUACUGCGUCUGUGUUUCACAUUUUGAGGAAGAUGGCUAAUAUAGAUAGUAGAGUUGCUUCAUCAUCCACCAAACCAAAUGAUCUUAUAAAAGCCGUUGUGUAUGGGAUAAACAUGAUUUUGCGGUUGUCAUGAAUGUUGUCGAUUUAUUAUUCUUAAAAUUUCAUUACUUCAUUCUGCUGAUUGCGACUCCA